CCACCCACAAAAACAGCAAGCAACGUUGCCGUGGCAUAAUCCGCAAAAUUUUAAGUUAAUAUGACAGUUAAUAAGAGACAUCCACUGGAAUCCUUAGGGCAGCUGCUGAUCCAGUUCGAGAAGCGCUUUGAGUAACGAGAUAACGAAUCGCUUAAGAGAGUUCGGUCGUGGAAAUCGAAAAAGUACAAAAGAUUACCUGACCCUCGCGGAGCUCCGUAGUCCGGAAGCGAAAAAAGAAAAUAAAAACAUUGGACAGUCACUACCUGCGAGCGAAUAGGUGAGUCUUUUUGAUAGAAUCAGUAAUGGUAGAACAGAAUCACCUUCAGAACAAGCUUAUAAAACUUUUGAGGAGGGAUAAUAUUGAACUGUGGAAACCUCCAUAUACAACAGAAGACAAUGAGGAGGAAAAAAGUGAUCUUAAGGGGCUUUCUGACAAGUAUGCAGCAGAAGUUGGUUUUAAUGUUACUCAAGUGGAAGCUGCACUUGACGAUAUAAGGCUGUCUGCAAUUAGACGAGGGAAGGGAAAUGAGGCCUACAAGGAAACUGGAAUCGCCACAUUAUAUAUUGCAUUGCCAAAGGACUGCAAGAAAAACAUUUUGGAAAUGCAGCUUGACAUUAAGACCACUGACCUCAUGAUAAAGAUUAAUGAAGAAUUUGGACUUGGAAUUGAAAUGAAACUCAUUUUUAAGGGCAAAGAACUUAAAGUUGAUAAAACUCUUGCUGAACAGAACGUUAAACAUAACUCAAAAAUAAUGGUUCUGAAAUUAGAAAGUAAAUCGAAAAUCAUAGAAGAGGAAAAACAAAACCAAAUGCUUAAAAGAAGUCAAAAAGGAUUUCAGAUACUGUCAAACAGAGAUGAAAGUAUGGAUCCAGAAACUACCCCCUACUUGGAAAUUGCUGAUCAGAAGGGAAAUCCUAUUAAAUUUCCCUCAGAAGAGAAAAAGGCACUCAUUAUGGCCAUUGGCCUGCAUGAAAAAGGAAGGGCCUUUCUGAAGAAAAAAGAUUAUCCAAUGGCUUUGUGCUUCCUACUGCAAGCAGAUGAGAAAUUUAAUGUUUGUCAUUCAAAUUUAUUAGAGUCUGUUGACAACUAUGCAGUUCUGCAGCUGGACAUUGUUUGGUGUUAUCGAGCUCUCGAGCAAAUGUCUUUACUCGAAGAUGCUAAGGCCAGAUUGCAGAAAGCUGAAGAUGCUUUCCUGAAAUGCUAUGGCAAGGACAGAGAAAGACUUGUUCAAAUAAAGGGAAAUUCUAGAGGGGAAGAAGUGCUAUUUCUAAGGCUUUACUUACUUCAGGGCUUGCUAUCAUAUAUUGAAGGUAAUGAAAAUGCAGCUGCUGAAAAACUUAGCAAGGUACAAAAUCUACAUAUGCAACUCUGCAUUGACUCUAGUAAAAUAGCUGAACUCAUGAAUCUUGGAUACACAGAGCAAGAAGCACGUCUUGGUCUACGUGCCUGUGAUGGAAAUGUUAACAAUGCAGCCGACCAUAUUUGUCAGAGAAGAGAAGAAAAAGAAGCAGUAAGAAGAAAGGAAAGAGAAAAGAGAAGAAAAAGAAUGGAUGAUAUUACCUCAUUGACUCAGCUGGGUUAUUCUAGAAGAAAUGCUGCAAAGGCACUUGCUAAAGCAGGAGGGGACUUGAACAAAGCCUUUCAGGACCUUCUUGAUAACUACUCACCUAUAGCAGCAGAAAACAAUAACCAAAGGCUGAAUAACAAUGAAAUGGUUACAGAAGAAAAAAUUAAUCAGGUAGUAUCUCUUGGUUUUAACCAAGAUUCUGCAGAGGCUGCAUUGAGACAUGCAAAUGGAAACCUAGAAAGUGCCAUACAGCUUCUUCUUCAUUAUAAUGGGAAUCUUCCAGAAAAUUUAAAAGCAGUAGGAGCAACUUCAUCUUCCACUCCUGAAGACACAAGCAUUUCAUCAGAAGAGCCCAGUUCUAGUUCUGCAGGCUCUCCAGGAAAUUCAGAGGAUGACCCAAUGGAAGCAGAUCUUAUACAAGAGGUACUUGCAGAUAUCCCAGAGCAUGAAGAAGACUAUCUUGACUUGACUUUGGAGGAAGAGGAGAUGGUAAUUGAGCAACUGAAAAGUUACCUGGAAAGAAGGAACCAAUCAACUGGUUAAUUAAUUUGAUUAAUGCAAAAAUUUAAAUCACAGUGUUUCAGACAGAAUGCAAAGUUUUAAAUUAUUUCAACUAUGUUGGUCAAUUUUUUUUGCAGUUAAUGCAUUUAGGAAGAAUGUACAAAAAAACCCAGCCAUUAUGCAUUUUAACAUAUUUGUAAGAAUAAUAUCUCCUCUUUAAUUCUUAGGAGUAUAUUCAAUUUUUGUACAUUUUCAGCAGUAGAUUUAUAUCAGCCUAUUAUGAUUCACAGCUAUAAAACAGAAUACCUAUUUUAUUACAACUAUUUUACAUUUUAAACUGCAACCACUUACUCUUACUAUUUAAAUGAAGUAAAUUUGUAAAACGAGUCAAAGUAACACAUUUUACUUGUAUCAGAUUUGAAGGUGUACCAUAAUCAUUUAAUUGUUGUAUUAAAGUCAUGAACUGAAGGAAAAUGUUAUCAAUUCUGUGAUUCAUUAGGUUUAAUUUAUGUAUAGAACGUAAAAGACUGAAACCAAAAUAUUCUUAAAAAUGCACAAUAAAAAUCAAAAAUGU